CCCAAAACCCUGAGUCUUUUCGAAAACCCUAAAUCUCUGCCUCAUCAAUGGACAAUGUGGCUUCGCUGUCUUCGAAACACAAUAUCUCGGGUAAAGAAUUUUGAAGAAGGUAGUUCAAAAAUCCAUGUUUCAUCAUGUCUUCUUAUUCCAAAUCCAUGUCUUUUUCUAGUUAAAGUCAGAUCAAUUUCCUCCUCCUCACCCUCUGUUAGUGCAAUCAGUUCCUUAUCAAAUGCAGAUUUGGUCAUAACUCUACUGGAAAGCUACGGGUUUACUAAACCCUUCAUCUCUAAAAUCAUUACCAAGUAUCCACCAAUCCUCUCAUCUGAUCCUCACAAAACCCUAAUACCCAAUAUUGAUUUUUUCAUAUCCAAAGGCCUUUCUGGACUUGAGCUUGCCAAAUUCAUCUAUUCCAACCCAAAUUUGUUGAAAAGAAACUUACAAAACCAUAUAAUCCCUCCGUUUAAUGUCCUUAAAAAUAUUCUUAAAUCUGACAAGAAUGUUAUUACCACUUUGAAACGCCAGUCAAGAGAGUUUCUUAAUAACAAGCUAAGUAUAGAAAAGAUGAUGUUCAACAUUGAGCUUUUGAGAAAUCAAGGUGUCCCUCAAUCCAAUAUUACUAAGUUUCUUAUCUCCCAACCAAGAGCACUUACAAUAAUCACUAGUAAAUUCAAGGAGAUUGUAGAAGAGAUUAAGGAUACGGGAUUCGAUCCAUAUAAAACUACAUAUCUUUUAGCUAUCCAAGUAAUCAAUGGGUUGAGCAAAUCGAAUAGGGAGUCAAGGAUGGAUGUUUACAGGAGAUUGGGUUGGUCUGAAGAACAAAUUCAUAAUGCAUUUAGGUACCAUCCUCUGUGUAUGUUGACUUCUGAGAAAAAGAUAACCUCGGUAAUGGAUUACCUUGUGAAUCAAAUGGGUUACAGUUCGUCUUAUAUUGCCCAAUACCCCAUUAUUAUGUGUUAUAGCUUGGAGAAGAGGAUUAUACCUAGGUGUUCUGUUUACAAAAUCUUAACCUCCAAAGGUCUGGUUAAAAAAAAAAAUUGCCCUAAGUUCACUUUUGCCGAUGUCUGAGAAGUCUUUCUUGGAGAAGUUUGUGAUCAAGUUUGAGGUAGAAGCUCCAGAAAUAUUGAAGCUAUACCCAGAUGCAGUUAAAUCUAAAGCUACCUAGAAGUACUUCUAAAGAUGUGCAGAGAUGCAUAUGUUGCAGCUUGUCUCAAUUAAGUGUUGAUGCAAGCGUUUCAUAUAGUUGGUUUAUAUGGCGGGCAUGCUUGCGCAACUCGGGAUGUAUGUCGGAGUAAUUGUAGGGUGGAGAUCUUACUGAUCUGUCGUCAGUAAGAACCAUACAAGGCAGAAGUGAGAUACUUAGGACCAGAUGGACAGCCAGAGAGGAACCUGUCGCUGGUAGUGCUUACAACUAGGGUUGGAUGGAUACCGAACCGGAGUCACCGGACGUAAAGGUAGGUCCAUAAUUGUCAGGCAUGUGCACAAGGAUUUGGAACAGAGGUUUUUACUAGGGGACAGUGAGGAGUAUGGCCUACAUCUGCUACUUUAGAUGUCUGUAGUGACUAUGGUUUGAUAUGUUCAAUUUUUAUCUUUUGUGUUUCAUCCCUUAACGACCGUAUAAAUCUGUAUUCUGGG